AAAGCAAGGAAGAAGCAGAAAAGUAGAGGGCAGAAAAAUAACAUUAUCAGUUUCAUAAUUAAUGUAUUAUUGUUCACAAAUAAAAUUUAAAUGUAUUUGCAAAUGUGAAAACUAAUUAAACAAACUCAAAUAAUUAUAAUUAAAACCACUUGUUCAAAUAAAAGAAAACACACGCACUGGAAUAUAAAAAUAAUAGAGGAGGAAAUAGCACGAAAAGUAUUUGCCAAUUGGUGUAUUAGCACAGGUGUGCCUGACUAUUCGCUUCAUUUUGUGUUUCGAUUGUAGUCAAUUUUGGUUUCGCUGAAGAGAAAGGUGGAGUUGUGUUUUUUUGGAAAAUUACUCCAUACAGCGAUCAUCCUUAAAACAUAAGACUGACUGGAAUUUGGUUGGUGGUGUAGGGAAAAAGCUUAUCCAAAUAAAUCUAAAAUUGACGGAUUCAUUAGCAGCAGGCAGGAAACAACAUUGUUUACAUAUUUUUUAUUAUUGUAACCGAAAAUGCGUUGGACAGUACACUUAGAUGGAGGACCACGUAGAGUAAAUCAUGCAGCAGUAUGUGUCGGUGAUUUCAUAUACUCCUUUGGUGGCUACUGCACAGGCGAUGAUUAUCGCUUCAAUGAGUCAAUAGAUGUACAUGUAUUGAAUACACAAACACUGCGUUGGGCUCUGUUGCCACAAAGACGUUGCGAAAAUGGAACUAUAUUAAAAUAUCCCGAAGUACCAUUCCAAAGAUAUGGCCACACUGCUGUUACAUACAAUGAUAAAAUCUACAUGUGGGGCGGACGAAAUGAUGAAACCCUUUGUAAUGUCUUGUAUUGUUUUGAUCCAAAAACACUUAGUUGGUCAAGACCACAAGUAACAGGUGCCAUACCGGGUUCAAGAGAUGGCCACUCAGCCUGUGUCAUCGAUAAUUGUAUGUAUAUAUUCGGUGGUUUUGUCGAAGAAAUACACGAAUUUUCAUGUGAUGUCCAUGCCUUAAACUUUGAUACAAUGGAAUGGCGCUACAUACAAACAUUUGGUGUGCCACCAUCAUUUCGGGACUUUCAUACCGCUGAGCACAUACACGGUAGAAUGUAUAUAUUUGGCGGACGUGGUGAUAAACACAGUCCGUAUCACAGUCAAGAGGAGAUGUAUUGUCCGGAAAUAGUGUAUUUAGAUCUAAAGACUAAAGUGUGGCAUCGACCGUCGACAACGGGAAAAGUACCGGUUGGUCGGAGAAGUCAUUCGAUGUUUAUUUAUAAUAAUUUAAUUUAUGUAUUUGGCGGCUAUAAUGGCUUAUUGGAUCAACAUUUCAAUGAUUUGUAUACGUUUGAUCCAAAAGCCAACUGCUGGAAUUUAGUUAAGCCCCAUGGCAAACCACCUACACCUCGACGACGACAAGUAGGAAUUGUUAAAGGUUCACGAUUGUUUUUAUUUGGUGGUACUAGUCCUUAUCCUCAUGAAACUGCUCAAGAACAAGCAUUUUUGAUAGACAAUAAUGACACGAACAUACUUGAUUUUGAGCCCAAUUUGAAAACGUUGGCAAUAUUAGCCGUUGUAGAAAAUCGCAUUGAUACCACCUGGUUACCGAGAGAAUUAAGACUAGAAAUAAAAGCCAUGACACAACCAAAUUCCAUAAGUCGACCCAUUAAUCAUGCUGGUUGAAGAGAUCUUGUAACAGGAUAACAGAUGAAGUAGCAGAAACAUAAUUCACAAAACACGAAACUAGAAACAUUUUUUUAGAAAAAAUCUGUUUCUUUUUUUAAAAUUUAAAGUCACUGUUGGAACGAAAAAAAAAACAAAUUGUUUACAAAUAGCGCAAUCAAAUUUUAAUUUUUUAACACACAUUAAUCUCAUUCCCUCCACCAUUACCCAUCUAUUGCUCCCUCGCCAGUAAGAUAUACAUCCACAAAUACGUACAUUUAUACAAAA